CUCAGAUCUUUCUUUAAUCCAUAUAAUAGAAAAUACGUCCCCAUCGUCGCUCCUGGUAUUGAUUCCAAUCUCAUAACACUCGAAGAUAACUGAAUCAUUCAGCUUUCAAAAGCGCGAAAACUGAGGUCUCAGCUGCUUACGCGCAGUUCCGAAAUCUUUAUUUAAGCCCAACACUCCACAGGCUCUGCACUACAACAUGCCGGGCAUAGUGGUAAUUGCGCAAUUAACUACUGCUGGAGGGGAGGCAAGACAAUCCGUGAUCGAUGCACUGUCCAAGGUCAGCGCGUUUUCAAGAGAUCAUGAGCCGGGAGUUGUACGAUAUGCAAUUGCUGUGCCCCGCGAUGCGACAGACGAAGCUGCUGUCUGGGUAGUGGAAGAAUACACUUCGCAAGCUGCUUUCGAUCAACACAUGGGGUCGAAGCCGGUAACAGAUCUCAUCGCGUACUUCACAGCGAACCCAGCUCUUUUCGCUGGUGAGACGAAAGUGGCCAUGACAGAACCAUCAUCUACGUUUACACGACCGGAAAUUUCAAACACUGAAGAUCCGCAUUUCGUGUAUGCAGCCAUUGACUACAAGGAGGGAGAGCGAGAUGAGGCGUUGGAAGGCUGGAAGACUGUGACAUCAGAGACACAGAAGAAUGAGCCCGAAACUUUGAGCUACAGCAUCCUGAAGGACAAGGGAAAUUCAGUCACGAUCAACACAUUGGAGGUGUACGCGAGCGAAGCAUACUUCAAGCAGGUUCAUGUGCCUAGCAACGCUGUUAAGGAGAACAGACAGAAAUAUGGUGAUGAGAUUAGGACGAGCAUGAAAUGGGCGAUUUUGAAGAAGGUGGCUGGAUACUUGUACAAGGAGAAACCUUCCUCAAAUCUAUAGUAGAGUAGCAUUACUAGAAUUCCGAACGAUGCUUGAGAAUGAC